AUGUAUGAAUGAAAAUUAUUAUAAAGUAUUUGUUAUUUUAUUCACAUAAAAUCAUUACAAUAAUUAUAGACGUUUAAUUUAUUAUUUUUCUACAAUUUGCAACUAAAGAAAAUUGCGAAUUAAAGUUGACUAUAUGUUUACUGAGCGGUUUAGUGAGCGCUAACCUUUCUGGAUAUACUUGUGUUUUUGUCUGAGGUUAUCGGUGUCUUUCAAAACGAAAUAAUGAAUGUGUCUCCACUUUUGCGAUCAUCACAGGCUGUGCUAUCGAUUUGCAGAAAUAUCAAUUGUUGGUCGGCAGGAAUAACAAAGAAGCAUAGAAAAUUAUAUAUAAGAACCUAUCCUACAUUCCUUAUUUUACCAGAUGGUAGUAGCAUAAAUGUAGAUUACACUGAACCAAGGAAAAUAAUCUCACUUCCCCUUGAUAUCAGCACUCUUUCGAAAGAGGAGCGUCAGAUCAGGAUAGCUGCACGUACACCUUUAUCCAAAAUAAAAAUAAUGGAAGAGAUUGAAGAUGACUUCGACGAAUCCGAGUUUUACAGAGUUAAAAACUGAGUUAUCAGGAUCUCAUAGUUUUAUUGUAUAUUUUACAUAAAAUAAAAGGAUUAUCAUUCUAUACUUUUA